AUGAACCGGCAAUUGAACGGUUUCCAUAACUCAAUCAUUGAUGAAGACUGCUUUUUGUUCACCUCUGAAUCUGUUGGAGAAGGUCACCCAGGUGAGUUUGCAAUGUGGCGGUCUUAUUUUAGCUAGCUAGGUAACGUAGUUAGUUUCUAUAUUUUUCAACACAAGGUCAUGGCGUAGAUUCAGCGAACUACAGUAACAAAGUGUUACCAAAUGCGUGCCAAUCAUUUUUACGAACACGCAUAACGUCAGUUAAUAUACUGUUUGUAUGGUUGUCAACUAGCUAAUUGACAAUUUUUCAUAUGUGCUGAUGUUUGAGCCGGACGACAUUGUGAAUGGGGAACACGCGAUAGGCUCAGGCCCAUUUUUUACAGUUUAUGUGCAGGCCACGCGGGAUGCCUUCGACCUAGCAUGGGGUGUCUAGUUAGCUAGUAGCAGAUAAUGCUAAUCCAGAAAAGUAGGCCACUAAAUUACUUGUCUGGAUUGUUAAAUCACUGCUGAUGUUAGGUGGCGCGUUUGUUGAAAAACUGAACAUCUAUGCCAUAUUGUUUUUAUAUAUUCGUUUCUUUCAGUCAAUUUAUUCGUACAUUUGCCCGAGUUGAAACACUGGUGUUACAUCAAUAGACAACGAGCUCGUUCACAUGACACAUGCAUUCACGACUGCGCGUGCUGAGUACAGUUGGCUUUGUUGUUAUCCAGUCACUGGGUUAGCUGAGCUCUCCAACUGUCAAUACCGUCGUUGUGUAUUUAAGCAAUAAGGCCCGAGGGGGUAUGGUAUAUGGCCAAUAUACCACAAACAACCGAGGUGCCUUAUUGCUAUUAUAAACUGGUUACCAACGUAAUUAGAAGAGUAAAAUGUAUUUUUUUUGUCAUACCCCUGGUAUACGGUCUGACGUACCACGGCUUUCAGCCAAUCAGCAUUCAGGGCUUGAAUCACCCAGUUUAUAAUUUAGUUCAUUGCAGUGCUUUAACAGUUGUGUGGGUGAUAUUUUGAUUGACAGAAGCAUGGGGCCACUUAACUUCUAUUAGCAAUGCUGGUGUAUUUAGACAACAGCGUUGCUCCCUAUCUAGGGUGUCCAUUCAAAAACGCAUAUUUUGAACAAUGGUCAAAAACAGUUAUUGUGUAGAUACGCCUCUAAGAAAACAAUGGUCCAAACUUCAUGUCUCUAUCAUAAUCAGUUCAAAAGUUAAUGGAGUUCUGACCCUUGUAGGAUGGCCACAAUUAGGAUGACAAAAAAUCUGGAAUAUUACGUCAGCAAGGCUGGAUGCUGUGCAAGAAUUAAGGCUAACUGACAGGUUUACCGCUGAACUAAUCUAUCUUCUCAAAUCCGGAGAAGAUAAAACAGUAUACAGGUAAGAUGGGUAUUGAUUUUGAGACAUGGCAUGUAGUAUACUGUAGCUCAGUUGGUAGAGCAUGGCGCUUGCAACGCCAGGGUUGUGGGUUCGUUUCCUGCGGGGGGCCAGUAUGAAAAAAAUGUGUGCACUCACUAACUGUAAGUCGCUCUGGAUAAGAAUGAAUGCGAAAUUCAUUUUUCCCCCCAAAGAUUUCUCACAAAAACAAGCAUAUCUCAGUGAAAUGUCAACGGAGCACUUUUACAUUUAAUUGAGUUUGUCGUGUUAAUUUGGCUUUUUGCGACCCGCGGAAACAACUUUGCAGACAGGCACCACAACAUUUUAAAAUGCUCGCUGCGAAUGUAAAACAUCGCUCCACCAUCUCCUCGUUGCUACAAUUCUAAUAGUUCGCCUACUUUCAGUUUGUGACAAAGCAAGCAUAGUGUAGCGAAUCAUUGUACCAUCUAAACUGCUGUGAAAUAUAUUUUCCAUAACCAAAUAUAUUGUAUGUUCAGCUCUUUGAAGCUUGUGUACAAAACCAAAUGUAAAAGAUGUGAAAAAUAAACUUACGGGAAGCAUAGAAAUAAAUAGCUCACUUACAACACAUCUACCGUUUCUUAGAUUUGCUUUCAAUGAGAAUGAAGAUCUGUAAGUCACAUUUCUAUAUGAAUUUGGUUGGGUCUGUUGAUCCACGUCCUUUCCACUUACCUCAUGUCAAAAUAAAAGUCCUGCAUGUGUGCCAUAUUUGGCCAAAAAAUGAAUAACUUGUGGGACUUUUAUUUUGCGCUAAGUUAAGAUGAAUAAGUAUGUUUAAUAAUGCGUUCCUUUAAAUAUUUUGUCUCAAAUUUCCCCUGUUUUAAUGACCAACUGUCCUGCCCACUAGCACAAUAAGUAGAAAUUGAAUUGUAUUUAACUUAUGGCUUCCUCUGGACUGUUUUUGUGCAACCAAUACAAUAGGGAGCAACACUAUAGUGUAAAUACACCAGUGUUGCUAAUGGCAGCUAGGGGCCAUGGUGUACUCCUUUCACCUAAAAUCACGUGGUUUUUAUAUCCACAUAGCUAACGUUAGCUAGCAAGGUAUUUGCAGUACUCUCAAACCAACUGCCCUGCUCAGCUCUUCUGGUGUCUACCUUCUCAUUGUUUGUCUUUGCUAAUGCUAAGUCAGUCCACUAAAUGUACAUUUGCGUUACAGUACCUAGCCAGGUGUUCUGGCUACAGCUGUAAAGUACAGGUUUAAGUGCAGUGCGCACUCGACAUAUGGGGGAGGGGGGGGGGGGGGCAGCUUCCAUUGCAGCUGAUUAUCUAGGCUUAUCUCCAUUCUAAAUAUAGGCCUAGGUCUCCUCUCCAGGGACUGCAGUGCAACUGUGUGCAGCCUGUCGCAUGUACCUUUUGGCACAAGAAACUGCUUUGAGAAAGCAGUCACUGUGGUGACGAUUCAGUGCAUAUGAUAAUCCAUUAAAUUGAAGUCAACAUAGUGCUAGUGGUGUGACAAGGUCUUGUAGAGGCUUGAUCCAAUGACUGCCCCGUCUCCCUGCAGGGCUGGGGGGGUGCAGGCCAGGGUGUGAAUGUAUUGCUGUUAGGAAUGUGGCAACUGUAGUACUUUGCAGCUGUCAAUCAUAAAGUGCAUUUGGAAAGUAUUCAAACUCCUUCACUUUUUUGACAUUUUGUUAUGGUACAGCCUUGUUUUUCCCUCAUCGAUCUACACAAAAUACCCCAUAAUGACAAAGCGUAGACAGGUUUUGAGAAAUUAUUGCAAAUGUAUAAAAUAAAAACAGAUACCUUAUUUACAUUAGUAUUCAGACCCUUUGCUAUGAGACUUGAAAUUGAGCUCAGGUGCAUCCUGUUUCUGUUGAUCAUCCUUGAUGUUUCUACAACUUCAUUGGAGUCCACCUGUGGUAAAUUGGACAUGAUUUGGAAAGGCACACACCUGUCUAUAUAAGAUCCCACAGUUGACCGUGCAUGUCAGAGCAAAAACCAAGCCAUGAGGUCAAAGGAAUUGUCUGUAGAGCUCUAAGACAGGGUUGUGUCGAGGUACAGAUCUGGGGAAGGGUACCAAAAAAAUUCUGCCGCAUUGAAGGUCCCCAAGAACACCGUGGCCUCCAUCAUUCUUAAAUGGAAUAAGUUUGGAACCACCAAGACUCUUCCUAGAGCUGAGCAAUCGGGGGAGAAGGGCCUUGGUCAGGGAGGUGACCAAGAACCCGAUGGUUACUCUGACAGAGCUCCAGAGUUCCUCUGUGGAGAUGGGAGAACCUUCCAGAAGAACAACCAUCUCUGCAGCACUCCACCAAUCAGGCCUUUAUGGUAGAGUGGCCAGACGGAAGCCACUCCUCAGUAAAAGGCACAUGACAGCCUGCUUGGAAUUUGCCUAAAGGACUCUGACCAUGAUAAACAAGAUGGUCUGAUUAAACUAAGAUUGAACUCUUUGGCCUGAAUGCCAAGCGUCACGUCUGCAACGCCAGGGUUGUGGGUUCGAUUCCCACGGGGGGCCAGUAUGAAAAAUAAAAAAUGUAUGCACUCACGAACUGUAAGUUGCUCUGGAUAAGAGCGUCUGCUAAAGACUAAAAUGUAAAUGUCUGGAGGAAACCUGGCACCAUUCCUACAGUGAAGCGUGGUGGUGGCAGCAUCAUGCUGUGCGGAUGUUUUUCAGCGGCAGGGACUGGAAGGACUAGUCAUGAUCGAGGGAAAGAUGAAUGGAGCAAAGUACAGAGAUCCUUGAUUGAAAACCUGCUCCAGAGUGCUCAGGACCUCAGACUGGGGCGAAGGUUCACCUUCCAACAGGACAACGACCCUAAGCACACAGCCAAGACAACACAGGAGUGGCUUCAGGACAAGUCUCUGUCCUUGAGUGGCCCAGCCAGAGCCCGGACUUGAACCUGAUCGAACAUCUCUGGAGAGACCUGAAAAUAGCUGUGCAGCGUCUCUCCCCAUCCAACCUGACCCAGCUUGAGAGGAUCUGCCCAAAUACAGGUGCGCCAAGCUUGUAGCUUCAUACCCAAGAAGACUCGAGGCUAAUCGCUGCCAAAGGUGCUUCAACAAAGUACUGCGUAAAGGGUCUGAUUACUUAUGUAAAUGUCAUAUUUCAGUUUAAUUUUUUAUACAUUUGCAAAAAUGUCUAAACCUGUUAUUGCUUUGUCAUUAUGGGUUAUUGUGUGUAGAUUGAGGGGAAUAAAAAAAUAUAUGUUUUAGAAUAAGGCUAACGUAACCAAAUGUGGAAAGUCAAGGGGUCUGAAUACUUUCCGAAUGCACUGUAUACCUGGCCGUGGCUGCGGAGUCUGGCUUGUUGCCCAGUUUGGUCCAUAAAAGGUUAUUGGUUUUGCAGGCAUAACAUGUCUUGAAGUGUUUAGUAGGGUCUUUUUUUGCUGCACGAUACACCCCAUAACUCUUGUUUCUCUUGACAGAUAAGCUUUGUGACCAGAUCAGCGACGCUGUGCUCGAUGCGCAUCUCAAGCAGGACCCUGAUGCGAAAGUGGCAUGUGGUAAGGAUCAAUCACAUCUAUAAAAAAUGAACCUUUCUAUAGGUUUGUCCAUGUUGCGCUGUCUGAUGCUGUAACAUGCCCUUGCUUCUGUCCUCCCUUCGUCUUCCUAAUUAGCUAAUGCACACGUUUACCUCACUUUCCUUCACUUGAUUUCCCUCCAUCCAUCCCCAGUCUUUUGCUCACAUGUUUUCUCUUUCUGUCUGCGUCUUUUCAGAGACAGUGGCUAAGACUGGGAUGAUUCUGCUGGCAGGGGAGGUCACCUCCAGGGCCAACGUUGAUUACCAGAAGGUCGUCAGGGACACCAUCAAGCACAUUGGCUAUGACGACUCCUCCAAGGGUAUUGCUGCAAAUUUGCUCUGAUUUAAUUGCUCACUUCAUUGAAUACAUGGUUUUAAGAAGUCACAGGUUAGCUUUGGCAAAGCGAUAUAGACAGUAAGUAACACUGAGGUUUGAUUAUAUUCCCUUCCCGCAGGCUUUGACUAUAAGACCUGCAACGUCCUGGUGGCUCUGGAGCAGCAGUCCCCUGACAUCGCUCAGGGUGUUCACCUGGACCGCAAAGAGGAGGAUGUGGGGGCUGGAGACCAGGUUAGAAGCCUCCUGUCUUUGAAUAUUUGUGAGUCAGUGACUAAUUGACUGGGCCUGAUGCUCAACUGUAUAUUAGUUUUUAAUGGUUUUUGUCUCCGCACUAAGUGUUAGACUGUGUUUUGUGUUAUAGGGUCUGAUGUUUGGUUAUGCCACUGAUGAGACUGAGGAGUGUAUGCCCCUCACCAUCGUCCUCGCCCACAAGCUCAAUGCCAAGAUGGCUGAACUACGCCGCAACGGAACCCUGCCCUGGCUGAGACCAGACUCCAAAACUCAGGUUAGAUUCAGCACGCAGCCUAUACUCCAAAUACGGCAGGGAUUAACAUUUAAAAUUCAAAAUCAAAUAGCAAAAUUAUCCUUGGUAUGACCUUAAAAACAUUCCAAAUAGCUUAGUAGUACCCCCACCCCUCCCCCGGCUUACUCUUAUGGGUUAAGGUCUGAAAAUGAGUAUUUCUUUGGUUGCCGGAAGAUUCUGAUCACUUGGCAGAAAAUUAAGUUAUUUUCACGUACACAUGGGGUGGAACCAGAAAGACCAGACUACUGGAAUUCUUUGCAUUUAGGUUAUCAUGUUUUAAAAAAUCCUGACCAAUGGUGCAACCGAGCAGGCUCAACUUGCACAACUCCUCAGGUCACUUGCCCCGGGCAAUAGGGCAACCCUUAAUGUCAAUCCCUGCGGCUAUGUUCACAUAUCAAUUUAUGGAAAUCCCUUGUCCAGAUGCAUGUUAUAAAGCAGGCCUUUCAGGCACACUUGCACAGCUAUCUCCACUUGUAUGCAGGUAUCCUAGUAAUAAUAAUAAUAAUAUGCCAUUUAGCAGACGCUUUUAUCCAAAGCGACUUACAGUCAUGCGUGCAUACAUUUUUGUGUAUGGGUGGUCCCGGGGAUCGAACCCACUACCUUGGCGUUACAAGCGCCGUGUACUUUGCCUUACCUUGUCAGACAUGCUUGUACACUUUGAAUUACAUGUCAUACCUCGUCUCCCCCUCUCUAGGUGACCGUUCAGUACAGGCAGGACCGUGGGGCCAUGCUUCCAGUGCGUGUGCACACUGUCGUGGUGUCUGUGCAGCACGACGAGGUAAUUUGCCUGGAUGAGAUGCGUGACGCGCUGAAGGAGCAGGUUGUGAAGGCAGUGGUUCCCACCGUGUACCUGGAUGACGACACCAUCUACCACCUGCAGCCUAGCGGCCGGUUCGUCAUCGGAGGCCCUCAGGUGAGAUAUAUUCUAGACCAGUCCUCAAUAGAUGUACGGGAAGAAAAAAAAAUAUCCAUUGUGAUGUGAUCAAGUAGGCACAUUGUCAGUCAUUAAAAAGUAGGCGCUCUUAUCACCACGAGAUAGACACUUCCAAGGCUGUCCUGGGCUACUUGGCUGACUCUUCCUUUCCCCUUCACAGGGUGAUGCUGGCCUGACAGGACGUAAGAUCAUUGUGGACACCUACGGAGGCUGGGGGGCCCACGGUGGAGGGGCCUUCUCAGGGAAAGACUACACUAAGGUAGACCGCUCUGCUGCCUACGCUGCUCGCUGGGUGGCCAAGUCCCUGGUUAAAGCUGAGCUCUGCAAGCGUGUACUGGUCCAGGUGAGGAAUGAGCUAAUGGCUGUAACCUAACUGUUUAUUUGUCUUUUUGUUGUUGUCAGGUUUUGAUUGCUAUAUGAGUCAUUCACUUAUAGCUGUUAUGCAUCACCGUGACAUGAAAAGUAAAGGAAGCAUAUGUUAUUAUUACCUGUUAUGUGAAUCUUGAUCCUGUUUGUUAAUAAGUGGCUGUGUUGUCAGGUAGCCUAUGCCAUUGGAGUGGCCCAUCCCCUGUCCAUCUCCAUCUUCCACUAUGGGACUUCCCAGAAGAGUGAGCGGGAGCUGCUGGACAUUGUCAAGAAGAACUUUGACCUCCGCCCUGGUGUCAUUGUCAGGUAGAGUGUGGAACAAUGGUGUCCCAUGGGGUCAAAGCUGGUCCUUGUUGGUGGAGGGGUUCUACAUUUUAAAUGGUGAUGUUACACAGCUUGGUUUGCCCUCUGGUAAUCUAUGCAGUUAUUUACCCAGUUCAACACGUUAUUGUGUUUCUCUGUGUUCCAGGGAGCUCGACCUGAAAAAGCCCAUCUACCAGCGGACCGCUGCCUAUGGCCACUUUGGGCGGGAGGCCUUCCCCUGGGAGGUCCCCAAAAAGCUCAAAUACUGA